AUGAGGACAAAGGGGCUGACUGUGGGGAAACAGGCAGUGGUCAGUGCAGAUGUGUUCACCAGCUACCAGCUGGGGUUAGGGUACUUAGCCAAAAAUGGUGUGAAGGCAGAGGGCCCCAGGGAGCGCGGGGCGCCGCUGCUGCUCCUCAUCGGCUCGGUUCUGUCCACUGGGCAGCGCCCAGAAAUGCGGACGCCACCAGCGAUCGAGUCCACCCGUGAGGGCACACCGCAGUCGGCGGGCGGCAGACUCCGCUUCCUCAACGGCUGCAUACCCCUCUCGCAUCAGGUGGCCAGGCACAUGUACGGGAAGGACAAAGUGGGUAUACUACAACAUCCAGAUGGCACAGUUUUGAAACAGUUACAACCACCUCCAAGGGGCCCAAGAGAGCUGGAAUUCUAUAAUAUGGUUUAUGCUGCUGACUGUUUUGAUGGUGUUCUUCUAGAGCUACGAAAAUAUUUGCCAAAAUAUUAUGGCAUCUGGUCACCUCCCACUGCACCAAACGAUUUAUACCUAAAACUGGAAGAUGUGACCCAUAAAUUUAAUAAGCCCUGUAUAAUGGAUGUAAAGAUAGGGCAAAAAAGCUAUGAUCCUUUUGCCUCAUCUGAGAAGAUUCAGCAACAGGUUUAUCAUGUUCAUUCCGAUAGCUAUGAGACACAAAAUCAGCAUUAUGGAAGAAGCUUAACAAAAGAAACUAUAAAGGAUGGAGUCUCCAGAUUUUUUCAUAAUGGAUAUUGCUUAAGAAAAGAUGCUGUUGCUGCCAGUAUUCAGAAGAUUGAGAAAAUUCUGCAGUGGUUUGAAAACCAGAAGCAGCUUAACUUUUAGGCAAGUUCAUUACUAUUAGUU